AUGUCUCUCUCCACCACCUUCAGCGAGGCGAACGACACCCUCGUGGUGUCCCACAUCAGCCGAGCCGACUUUCCGUCGAUGAACGCAGAGCAACGACUGCGGGCCUCGCUCGCCCUGAUCCGCACCCGCUAUGGAAACGGCUCACUUUCCGAUGCCGAGCUGCUCACGGACUCGUCGGGCAUUCGGAUCCUGGCUGCCUCGGAUCCCUCGGGCCAGACACUCGUUGGAGAUGGAUCAUCUUACACCACCCAAAUCUCCCUCGGCACCCCUGGACAGGCCUUCACCGUCAUCCUGGACACCGGCUCCGCCACGCUCUGGCUCACUUCCAAGCAGGCUCCCCAGACUCAGGCCCACAGCUUCGACUCCUCCCAGUCCUCCACGUUUGCGUCCGUCCCAAACGGCGAUGGCCUGACGGUGGCCUACGGCACUGGUUCAGUCUCCGGCUCGCUUGGCCAAGACAACUUUGCUGUCGGCAACAUUGUCGCCACCAAGCAAGCGUUUCUGCUCGCCUCGCAGUUCGACUCGGCCGGCGCCAUGGCCAGCCUCCUCAAUUCCGGCGCACGAUGGGACGGCAUCUGGGGCCUGGCCUUCCCGUCUCUGGCCACGGCAUCAUCUGGCGGUGUCCGUCCAAUCCCGCCGUAUUUCAACAUGAUGCAGCAGAACCUCCUGAAGACCCCGGUCUUUGCCUUUUGGCUCGAAACCAACAGCCCCUCUGGCACCGGUGAUGGAGAGUUUGUGCUCGGCGGCUGCAAUCCAAAUCACUUCUCUGGCAAGCUCAGUUGUAUGAGCGUUCUCCCAUCUUCCUCCGGAACGAAUGAUCACUGGCGCGUCGCUAUGAGCGGCAUCAGCGUCGGAUCCAGCUCCGUUUCCAUCCCCAGCGGCAACAGCCUCGCCAUUCUUGACACAGGCAGCUCCGUCAUGGCUUUCCCGGAUCCGAUCUUCCAGUCGAUGGUGCAGGCCCUCAAUGUGCCGCUGCAGAACUCGGGCGGCAUCUCGGUGGUCAGUUGCAGCGCGGUCGGAUCGCUGCCGCCCAUAACCUUCAAUCUCGGUGGUGGCAGCUUCACCCUCCAAGGCUCGGACUAUGUCAUUCAAAGUGGAAGUACCUGCUACCUCGGAUUCGUCAGCAGCGGCUCUAUCGCGGCGCCAGAGGCUAUCCUCGGCGACCCCUUCCUCCGUCGCUUCUACUCGGUCUACGAUCCAUCGAACCUCGUCGUCGGGCUGGCAGCCUCGUCUGGCGGUACAGGACUGGGAUCCGGCAGCACACCUGCCCAGACCUCUUGCUUCUGUGGCGGAGGCGGCACCGGACCGCAGCCGAGUUCCCCCAGCUCCCAAAACGGCACCCUCACCAACAGCACCACCCCGGGUUCCCCAACAGACCGACCCUCCAACUCGUCCAGCGCCCCCAUCGGCCCUGUCGUCAUCAGCAACAACUCCGGCACCACCAAGGUCGUCGGUGGGGGAUCAACCUACAUCCUUGUCGGCAAUGUGGCGAUCAAUCUCUAUCUUGUCAUCGGCGGAGCUGCUGCUGCCCUGAUUGCCGUUGGUCUCGCCGCCUUCUUGAUUGUCCGAUCGCGCAAGAACAAGGCCAAGGCAGGUUCUGCUGGUACCCGCGAUGAGAGCAAGCCAUCCGAAACCAAGGGCUCGCCCAAAGCCCAGGCCAACGGUGACGAAUGUCCUGGGCUUGAGGAGAUUAGUGUCAAGUCCCCGCACAUAACUCCCCGCGCAACCCCCCGCGCAACCCCGCGCACCGCACCAGGGACUUCGCCCAAGGCUGCCGCUUCCCACAUUACCUCACCUGCUCAGUCUCCUCGCCAGCUGAACACCGCUGCCAGUGCGGCGUCGCCGUACACGAGCCCCAAAGCCGCUCCCGGCACCCCACGCAUUCCAGAAGCCGCCUUUACGCAUAAUCAUGAGGACCGAUCAAACAGCCGCCUGGACCAACGUCGCUCGGGGCUCUACACAACCUACGAAGGUCAUCAGGGAGAUCGCCCCGAUGCACCCCGCAAGUCUCUCGAGCAGGAUCGUUUGUACCACCACACUAUCGCCAGCGGCGAUGGCCGUCCUGUCCAUGAGCGCGAUGACCCCCACCAUGGAAGCCGCCCUGGGACGCCUCGCAGGUCUCUCGAGCAAGACCGCCUGUAUCAUCCACGACCGAGUGCCGAGGCCCUCCAGAGCACUCCUGCAGGAACACCCAAGCAGCAUCCCCGCACUCCUGUGAUCGCCAGUCGCGACAAGUCGCUGCACACCGAGUCCCAUGAGGCGCUGGAGCACGGCCACGAUGGCCAUGCCCAAGCUCAUCCGGGCAACCGCGCCCGCGAGCAUGUCGAGAUCACCGUGGACGAUUACAGCCACGCCAACACUCCUCGGGCCGUUGCCUCUCCUGUCCUCCAAUCCGGUCCGGCCAUACCGCCCCGGGACCGCUCUCGCUCCCGCCACUCGCGUCAGAUGAGUGGCGGUGGCCGAUCCCAUCAGCGCAACCCAUCCCACACCGACCAUCCCGAGAGCGACGGCAAUGCUGCCCGCGAUCACCCAGAAGACUCCCGUGGCCGAUCGCCCUAUGUCAGCUCGCGAGCUCUAGCCUGGGGCGAAGCUCGUCACGAUGCGUCCGAGCCCACAAACAUGCAUCGACCCUCGGCGGCCGAACUUCGUCGCAACGAUCAUGGCCCCAAUCCUAGCCACGGUACACCGGCUCAAUCUCAUUCAAGCCCAUAUCUUCACACCGGAUCCUCUCCCCACGUUCGCCCCAAUACCGCCAACAGUACGCCCGUCAUCCCGCAACGAGAUAUCAACCACUCGCUGCACCAACAUAAUGGCUCGACAGACAGCGGCCGCGGCUACCACAGCCGAAAUGCAUCGGCUGAUAUCCCCCGUGUCCGUGUUGAUGCAGCCCCAUCGAACGAGAAUCUGCUUGGUCAUCAAAUGCAGCAACAGCAGCACCGCAACCAGAGCCGCAGCCGCAGCCGCAGUCGCUCACCAUUCCCUGGGGUUCGGUCGCCGCACAUGUCCCCCGGCGUCAGACCUGACGCGCCAUCUUCGAGCGACCAGCCCCAUGUCGGCCACGAGCGGCAUCACCGCCGCACUCCAUCGGCCGGCAAUGCUGAUCGCCAGGUUGCUGAAGAAGUCUAUGCCGAGCGCCUGCGCCGAGCAAACGAAUCUACCGAGGACUUUUCCCAGAAACAGAACCGCAACAGAAGCCGCUCGCCGUAUGCCGCAGCACGUCUGCGCGGUGGGCCAUCAGCUGCAUCUCUCAAGAAUCACGAACACCAAGACUCCUUCGAAUAG